UCCAUCGCAGACGUGUUCGGCGCAGCCUCUCUCAAUUCGGUGUCCCCCAGUUGUCUCGUAACGCGGUUCCCAUCACGUGUAGCCAGCCUGGCACGAUUGCUUCCAACACAUCUGGAAGGCACCGGAUUAAGGGCAGGACGGCCGCCGCGGUCUUCGGGGGAACAAGGGAAUCAAGAGGAAGCAGAGGGCAAAUUUUCCCUAAGCUGAAUCCACACAAAUCGCUUUUCCCUGAACAGUUAGUUCGCAGUUAUCACUGGUACAUGAACUGACAGACAAUGGCAAAUUUGUUAUGUCAAGACAUAGGACCAUGGUAUUUUCAAAAAAUGUAUGCAAGGUAUUGGAAACAUUAUAAUGAAGCUAUGGAAUGGAUGUACAGACAUAAAAACGCUUAUAGGAGAGCCAUGGAAUCCUUAUAUAAUCCAUCAUUUCAUCCUUCCAAACAACAUCAGCGUUAUUCUGAUUGGGAUGAAAGUGUUCCAUGGAGAACUGGUCCAUCUUGUUUCUCCACCUCAGACAGCAAACCAUGCUAUCCUCCAAGGCCUCAGGAUGGCCUGCAUUAUGUCAGAAGGAGGAGAGCAGCAGAGAGAGCUUCUGAAACAGAUUCAGAAUCUGAAGGUGAAGAGGACAUAGAGUGUGACCUCAGCAACAUGGAAAUCACAGAAGAGCUCCGUCACUAUUUUGAGCAGACUGAGCGACACCGGGAAGAACUAAGGAAACAGAAACAGCUGGAGGCGGAACAUGAAGAUAUGUAUGUGGAAGCUGACCAUGACCUUCACUUGUCUACAGGCCGAUCGGCGCAGCCCCCAGCCGAGAAGCCUGGCGAGAGAAGAAUGGCUGAAAUGAGAAGGCUCUACGGUCCAGGUGCCAAGAAAAUCCAAGCAAUGGAGACCACCAUGCAACUCAAUUUUGAUAGGAAUUGUGAUAAAAAACAGCCCAAGUACUGGCCAAUUAUCUCUCUGAAAUUCUGAGCUAUUCGUCUCUUUCCCUUUUUGGAGAUUCAGAGCUGUAUAUCUUGAUAUUCAACCAAGCAGAAGGAUUAAGAGUCAGCAAAAGACCUUUUUAAUUUUCCUUUCCCCUUUCCAGCACAACUUUGAAUUUGUCUGCCAGUUUCCAGAGUCUAUUCCAGCUCAACAGGAAAAGCUGAAUCGGUCAUUUGUACUACAGGGGAUAAGGAAAAUUCCCUUUUAAAGGGUAUUUCAACUAAUUUAAUUUUGGCAUGCCUUAGCCUUGCAGGGAAUGAAGUAGCAUUUGCUUUUGUUCAGUUGGGCUAGGGAAAAGGCUAAAGACUAUCAAAAUGCAAAACCCCUUUUUUAAAAAGUUUUUAGUGUUAUUCUAGUUUUGCUGUAGGGUUUUAAAUGUAACUAUUUUUGCAACGGUUUCUUUUCUUGGAGGCAUCUAAAUUAGUUGGACAAAAUAUAAUAUCUCAAACUACUGCAAUUUAGCUUUUGAGUUUGUGCUGAGGUCUAUGUAGAGGCAGAGAAAGUUUCUCUUCCAAAAUGCAAAGUUGGGCUGUAAGAUUUCAAGUCAGAAACAAGCAUUGUCUGCUUUCACGGGACUACAGAACCAAAAAAAAAAAAA